GGAGGGAGAAUCAGAAGAGGGUGGUGGUGACUUUGAUGAUGUUUGAAGAUGGAACUGUAGCAGAGAAAAUGGAGACAGCCAAAACUUUCCUUACAGACAAAGCUCUCUCUCUCUAUCUCUCCCUUUCUUAAUGGGCCCAGCAAUCCUACCCCCAACUGUCACGUAUUCUUCCACUGUCAGCCAACAACAUUGUAAAGCUUUCUCCUUUCUCUUUCACCACCGCACCACCACUUUUCUCAGUCUUUAAUGGCUGCCUAAUAUUAGAAAUUCUGCAUAAAAAACUAAUGGGUCGGUGCUAGAUAAGCAUUUGGGGCCUCUCUUUUUGGCUGUCACAAAGAUACCCACAUGGAAAAAGUCUUGUUUUAGUCAGGUUUUUCGCUGAAUUUGCAGAAAACUCAUCUUGAUGUUUUGGAAAGCUUGAUUUUUUUUUUUGGGUUCCUUAGUGGUGAAUUGGGGUCUUUCUUGGUGCUUGAAGCUUUGACAUUUGGUGGGGUAUUGGGAAAAAGCUUUGGAUUCUGACUUCGUAAUUUGGAAAACGAGUAAUUUUGGUGUUUCAGGGGCUAUAUUUUUGGGCGUCUUCCAUGGUACAUUGGAGAGAAUUGGAAUUUUUACUUUUCACACCAUCUCUUGGCGUUCUAGCGGCUGAAGCAUUUGCACUGAGUGAAGAUUUUAAAUAGGCUUGGGCAAAGAGAGAACGUGCAAAUUACCAGAAUCAUCAGUCCAACUGCGUUAGAAACCCUCAAAGUUGGAUUGAACUAGUGUUUAUGAGAUUUGAGUUUAUCAGUUUCAAAAGGAGGUUUUUGUGUUCCUCAAGCUUCUGAUCACAGUUUCCCACAGAGUUGGUCAUUGAAAUUGGAGGAGAUAUUGUGACCAAUUUGCGAUCACUAAAAUUGGAGGAGAUAUAUAGUUAUUCUAAAUGGUCUUUUCUUUGAGGGGAAGACCAGAUUACCGGAAUUUUGAGCUUUCGUGAAGUCUGUGAGGUGCUGUUUAAAGCUUAUUGAUAUAAAAAGAAGGGUUUGAUACCUUGCCAUCCAAAGGAAGCUUUAGUGCCUUGAGCUUCACUCUGUUGAAAGCUUGAGGGGUUGAUAUUGGAAUCUGAUAAUUCUUCUAUAAUAUAUUUUUCCGGCUGCAUAGUUGUUCAUCUCCUUGUUGAAUUUAAGGACUCUAGAUUCGAGGUUUAAUGUGGUCAUUACUAGGGUGGAAUUUUGAUUGAACAAAGCCAAAUAAGAUUCAAGAUUUUCUCAUUCAUUAUGGCAAAGAAAUCCCUGAGACGCCCUGUACGGUAUGAAAAAGAUCAGUCAGGCUGUAUGUGGGGCUUGAUCAGUAUCUUUGAUUUCCGCCAGGGUCGCUCUACUCGGAGGCUGCUUUCAGAUAGGAAGCUUGGGAGCAGGCAUGCUGUUGGUGCUGGACAUUCAGUGAAUAAAUUUGAGGUGUUGAGUAAUUUGGAUGGAAAUCAUCAGGGCACCCUCGAUGGUGAAGAGAGCACGACAGCAAUAGUGACAACUGAUGCUGGUAAGCCUAGUAUGAAGAAACUCAUAGAAGAGGAGAUGUUCAUUGAGGAGGACCUGAAAAAGGAGAAUAUCAAUGCUGAAGUAGAAACAAAACUGAGCAAGUCAGUACAUGAAGGCUACAUAAAGACAGAGCACAAAAGAACAAAAAAAACUCGCAAGAAAAGCCAUGAUAUGGACAAUCAUGACUUGAGUGCUGCUAAAAACUUGGACUCUGAAUGCUCUUGUAUUCAGAAUUCAGAGAAACAAUCAGCAGACAAUAUAGAUGGAAUGAUGGAAGAGUUCUGCCGCUGGGUCCAUCAAAAGAGUUUAAAUUAUAUGAAGCAUGAACAGGAUGAUGAAGUUCAAGUGCAAUCAAACCAGACACAUUGUGAUUUUGAGAGAUUGAGCGAGGCAAUCAAGGAGUUUAUGAAUCAGAAGUUUGUUAAUGCAAAACAUCUCAAAGAAAAUGGGAAAAUCCACCACACCAAAGAACUGAUGGGUGCACGUGAGAUUUUAAGCUCCGAUGAGGAAUUGUUUCUGAAAUUAAUACAAGAUCCAAACUCUCUGUUGGCAAAAUAUGUUUUAAACUUGCAGGAUGGUCUGGUAGAGAAAGCCAAAGAACCCAAGUCUCUUCCAGAAUCCAACUUGCCAGAAGUGGCGCUUGGUAGUUUAAGACAAUCUGAGGAGCUUGUCAAUCGUAAGCAGCAGCGUAACUUCUUCAGGAGAAAGGUCAAGUCUCAGCAAAGAAACCCAUCGAAGCUAAUCGAGAAUUCUGAAGCUCCUAAUAGAAUUGUUAUUUUGAAGCCUGGACCGGUAGGCUUGCAGAAUUCUGAAACUGAAAAUGGUAUUGGCUCAUCACGAGAACCUCAUUACAUGGUUGGAGAUAAAGGGUCUACUGAGAGAGUUGGUGCACACUUUUUUCUUGCUGAAAUUAAAAGAAAGUUGAAAAGUGCCAUGGGAAAGGAAUGGCAUGGAAUCUCUACUAUUGCUGUUUCUAAUAAUAUUCCUCAUAAACUUCAAAGUUUGGGAGAUAGUGACAAAAGGAUUAAUAAGGAAGACACUGGGAAAAUUUCUCCAAGUAAGGAUCAUUUUUAUAUGGAAAGAACUGUUAGACCUGCCAUUGGUGCCAAGAAAGGAGACAAGACUGGCAAACUGAAAGAUUCCGAAAUAAGAAUGGAACAUGAAACUGAUGGUUAUCCCAAUCAAAAGGUUUCUAAUAUCUACAUUGAAGCCAAGAAACAUCUCUCUGAGAUGCUGAGCAACGGGGAUGAAGUUGUAGAUUUUUCAAGCAAACAGGUACCUAAAACCCUUGGGAGGAUUCUCUCUCUUCCUGACUACAACUUGUCUCCCAUUUCCAGUCCCGGAAGGGCCUGGGAGGACAAAUUCGUAACUGCACAGAUGAGGUUUUCUGCCUGUGGCAAAAUUCAGAAGGUCAAUUCAAACACAUGGUCUCCCAAAAGAGAAAACAAUGUCAGCCAUCUAGGUCGGGCAACAGAAAACUUAGAGAGUCGGUCAUCCAUUUCUGACUGCCCUGACAAAAAAGUACAAGCUCUUGACUCAAAUCCGGAUAUCUCAGAUGAUCGUGAUAAUGGAGUGGAAGGAACCUUUGUUUCCGUUAGUGAUGAAAUCAGUCCUGAUGGUGUUGUAGAGAUUGUAAAAGCGACUGAAAUUGUAGUCCAUGAAGAGAUUAGUGUCUUGAAUGCUCCUCCUGAUCCAAGUAGCUCUUCAAUUAUCAGAGAUGAUCAAAAUGCUGAUACAUCCGAAAUUUGUGAUGAUAAAGAAUAUUGUGAAAGCUUGAAACAGGAAUCACAUGAAGAGAAGCAAGUGCCAUCUUCUCCAUCAGCAUCCCCCUCCAUCUCCUUAUUCAACAAGAAAGUUGAAAAUCUAGAAAGUGCUAUUGAUAUACCAGAGCGACCAAGUCCUGUAUCUGUUCUUGAGCCACUAUUCACAGAAGAUGACAUCAGCCCUACAAAGUCCAUAUCCCGAUCUGUCGAGCUAGCAGUGCAACCACUGCAGCUUCAAUUUGAAGAACCUGACUCAGCUGCUAAUCAAGUUCACUGUGCUAAAACUUGUACGGAAGACAAGGAACUUAUAUUCGAAUAUAUAAAAGCAGUGCUACAAGCCUCUGGAUUGAACUGGGAUGAAUUUUGUGUGAAGUGCCUUACUUCAGACCAGCUUCUUGAUGCAUCAUUGUGUGAUGAGGUAGACUUCUUCUCCAACCAGCUCUGCUAUGACCGGAAGCUCCUUUUUGACUGUGUUAACGAGGUUCUCGUGGAGGUUUGUCGGCACCAUUUUGGUUGCUGCCCUUGGGUAUCAUUCGUAAAACCUAGCCUAAGGCCAGUUCCAAACAUGAAAAAUGCUACUCAAGAGGUUUGGGGAGGAGUGAAUUGGCAUCUUGUUCCUCUUCCUCUGCCUCGCACUUUAGACCAAAUUGUCAGAAAAGACUUGGCAAGAGUGGGAGCAUGGAUGGAUCUUUGUUUCGAUGCGGACACUAUUGGCGUUGAGAUGGGUGAAGCCAUUCUUGAAGACUUAAUGGAAGACAUAGUAUUGAGCUGUGUACAUAGAAGUGCAGAAAGUGAGUAUACGGCUGAUCCGUUGGAAAACAGCAGCAGCAUCAACAUGUAAAAGACAAUCAACUUCUUUACGUCCAUGCCACACAUUGACCCAGCUUGUGUAGAGGUGGUAGGGAGGAGUCGCUUCUUGUCUAUCAGGGAAAGGGAUGACAUUCACUAAUUUGAGAGGGACCUUUGAUCAUAUGAUUUGACUUGGCUUCUUCUAACAUGUCUACUGAAAUCUGAAAUCUUGUAGAUAUCUUACAAUCUUCUGCAUGUGAGCCCUCCUCCUAGGCGAAAAUGAUCAAAAGGAGGAUCCCUCAUUAGUGCAAGCACUGCCUGCAAGAAUAAAAAUAACGCCUGUUUUCUGUGGCAAUUUUUCAAGUGUGAAAUCUGGGUCAGUGUGCAUUUCACCCAGUAAAUAGAGGUUUUCCCGUUUUAGAGCUUGUUGAAUUUUGUGGGUUGAUGUAGUCGAGGGUGUGUUCUUUUGUUUGUUUGAUUCCAAUCAUUCUUCCUUUUGUUUCACUUAUCUUUAUUUUGAGGGGUGUUUCUUUAUUUUACCUGUUUUGGUGCUGUAUUUACCAAAGUGUUGUGAUUGUAACUAAUUACUAUAGCCUAAGAGGAGAUAUGAGUGACUUCACAUUAGGAGUGUUGUAUUCACCAUACAAACAGAGUGCCAUGUGAUGGAUUGUAGAAAUUAAUACAUGAAAAAUAUGAAAAAAUUGUUCCAGCUGGUUUUGGUUAA